UCGAACGUUUCUCAUUGGAAAUCAGUCGCGACUUGCGACCCUUUACCAUCGCAACAGCUGGCAUAGAUCAGCAAGAGCCACAGCAACUGGAUCCGCCCAAUAUGCCCAAGCUCUGGAAUAAUGUUUACAAUGCCCAAUGUGCAGCUCUCUCGCCGCCCGAUCUGAUGGAGGCACAGCCCAAAUUGCUGCCCAAGUUGCGCUCCAAUAGCGGCGGAGGCGGUGGUGGUGGCGGCGGCGGUGGUGGCGGGGGCGGGGCCAGCAAUCGCAAUAGCAAGUACUGGAUAUUCUCGAUGAUAAUCGAGCGCAGUGCCGGUCCCAAGCGUGUGGAUAUGGCGGGAGAUGAUGCGGAGUCCCCACUGGAGGCCAUACUGCCAGCCGAACAGCAAGUGGAACAGGUCUGCCUGUUGCGUGACAGCCCCUUCAGGAUAUUGAGGCGAACGACGCCUAACACAAUGAACGACAAGGAGAUACCGAAAAGAGAUGUGGUCAUCAGUCCAUUGCGUUAUUUGAUUAGCGGCUGUGCCUCCGGCUCAGAGCUGUCGGAGAUGCCGCCACUGAGUUUGCCCAACAAAUGGGCGCGCAUCCUACGGAUGUCUUCGGCGCCCAAAAUUCACGUCAACGAAAUGCUGCAGGCCGCUGAGUCGGGCAACUUGGAUGAUUUUAAGCGUCUGUUUAUGGCUGAUAACACGCGUAUCGCACUGCAGGAUGGCAAGGGACGGACGGCAGCACAUCAGGCAGCGGCCAGGAAUCGUGUCAACAUCUUGCGCUACAUACGCGAUCAGAGCGGAGACUUCAAUGCCAAGGACAAUGCCGGCAAUACGCCGAUGCAUAUUGCUGUCGAGUGCGAUGCUUACGAUGCUCUGGACUAUUUGCUCUCGAUUCCUGUUGAUACGGGCAUAUUGAACGAGAAGAAGCAGGCGCCGGUCCAUUUGGCCACGGAGCUCAACAAGGUCAAGUGCUUGCGUGUCAUGGGUCAAUACCGUAAUGUCAUCAACAUCCAGCAGGGCGGCGAGCACGGACGCACCGCUCUGCACUUGGCUGCUAUCUACGAUCAUGAGGAGUGCGCUCGUAUCCUGAUAACAGAAUUUGAUGCAUGCCCCCGUAGACCUUGCAACAAUGGUUACUAUCCCAUACACGAGGCGGCUAAAAACGCCAGCUCUAAGACCAUGGAGGUCUUCUUUCAGUGGGGCGAACAACGCGGCUGCACUCGCGAGGAAAUGAUAUCCUUCUACGAUUCCGAGGGCAAUGUGCCGCUGCAUUCAGCUGUGCAUGGAGGUGACAUCAAAGCCGUGGAGUUGUGCCUGAAAUCUGGCGCGAAGAUAUCCACACAGCAACACGAUCUCUCAACGCCCGUGCACUUAGCUUGCGCCCAGGGCGCAAUUGAAAUAGUAAAACUUAUGUUUGAGAUGCAGCCGUUGGAGAAGCGAAUUUGUCUCAGCUGCACGGAUGUACAGAAGAUGACGCCGCUGCACUGUGCUUCCAUGUUCGAUCAUCCGGAUAUUGUCUCUUAUCUGGUCAACGAGGGCGCAGAGAUCAAUGCGCUGGACAAGGAGCAUCGAUCGCCGCUGCUGCUGGCCGCCUCGCGCAGCGGCUGGAAAACGGUGCAUCUGCUAAUACGUCUGGGCGCCAGCAUCGAUGUGAAGGAUGCUGCAGCGCGGAAUGUGCUGCACUUUGUCAUCAUGAACGGCGGCCGGUUGACGGACUUUGCCGAGCAGGUGGCCAAUUGCCAGACACAGGCGCAGCUGCAGCUGCUGCUCAAUGAGAAGGACAACAUGGGCUGCUCGCCGCUGCACUAUGCUAGUCGGGAUGGGCAUAUACGCUCGCUGGAGAAUCUCAUACGGCUGGGCGCCUGCAUCAAUCUGAAGAACAACAACAACGAGAGUCCGCUGCACUUUGCCGCACGCUAUGGCCGCUACAAUACGGUGCGACAGCUGCUCGACUCGGAGAAGGGCUCGUUCAUCAUCAACGAGAGCGAUGGCGCGGGCAUGACGCCACUGCACAUUGCCUCGCAGCAGGGGCAUACGCGCGUGGUGCAGCUACUGCUCAAUCGUGGAGCUCUGCUGCAUCGCGAUCAUUCGGGUCGCAAUCCUCUGCAGCUGGCUGCCAUGUCAGGCUACACUGAGACCAUAGAGCUGCUGCACUCGGUGCACUCGCAUCUACUCGAUCAACUGGACAAAGAUGGGAACACCGCGUUGCACUUGGCCACGAUGGAGAACAAGCCUCAUGCGAUAUCCGUGCUGAUGUCCAUGGGCUGCAAACUGGUCUACAAUGUGCUGGACAUGAGUGCCAUUGACUACGCCAUCUACUACAAGUAUCCGGAGGCAGCGCUCGCCAUGGUCACCCACGAGGAGCGGGCGAACGAGGUGAUGGCUCUGCGCUCCGAUAAACAUCCAUGCGUGACCCUGGCCCUAAUCGCCUCCAUGCCGAAGGUAUUCGAGGCUGUGCAGGACAAGUGCAUUACGAAGGCGAAUUGUAAGAAGGAUUCGAAGAGCUUUUACAUUAGGUACUCAUUCGCAUUCUUGCAAUGUCCCUAUAUGUUUGCCAAGAUCGAUGAGAAAACCGGAGAGCCGAUCAUGACAUCAAAUCCCAUUCCAUUGCCGGCUUUGAAUACCAUGGUCACACACGGACGCGUGGAGCUGCUGGCCCACCCGCUAAGCCAGAAAUAUUUGCAAAUGAAAUGGAAUUCGUAUGGCAAAUACUUUCAUCUCGCCAAUCUGCUGGUCUACUCCAUCUUUUUGGUCUUUGUCACAAUCUACUCAUCGCUGAUGAUGAACAACAUUGAACUGCGUCCCGGAGACAACAAAGCUGUCAGUCAGUAUUGCAACUUGGGGUGGGAGGUGCUGACCAGGAAUCUGUCGCAGAGCCCAGCGCUGGCUGCUCAAAUACGUCUGGACUCGUGCGUGGAGAGCAUCAAUCGCACCACGGCCAUACUCUUCUGUGCCAUUGUGAUUGUCGUUUACAUAUUGCUCAACUCGAUGCGUGAAUUGAUACAGAUCUAUCAGCAGCGUCUGCACUACUUGGUGGAGACGGUCAAUCUCAUCUCCUGGGUGCUGUACAUAUCAGCUUUGAUUAUGAUAACGCCCGCCUUCAGGCCGGAUGGCGCCAUUAAUACCAUUCACUAUUCAGCUGCAUCGAUUGCCGUUUUCUUGUCCUGGUUUCGUUUGCUGCUCUUCCUGCAGCGCUUCGAUCAGGUUGGCAUCUAUGUGGUCAUGUUCCUGGAGAUAUUACAGACGUUGAUCAAAGUGCUGCUGGUCUUCUCCAUACUGAUCAUUGCUUUUGGCCUGGCUUUCUACAUACUGCUGUCGAAGAUAAUUGAUCCACAGCCGAAUCACUUGUCCUUCUCCAAUAUACCCAUGUCCCUGCUGCGCACCUUCUCCAUGAUGCUGGGCGAGCUGGAUUUUGUGGGCACCUAUGUCAACACCUACUAUCGCGACCAGCUAAAGGUGCCCAUGACCUCCUUCUUGAUACUGAGUGUUUUUAUGAUUCUGAUGCCCAUUUUGCUGAUGAAUUUGCUCAUCGGUUUGGCCGUGGGCGACAUCGAGUCAGUGCGUCGCAAUGCUCAGCUAAAGCGACUGGCCAUGCAGGUGGUGCUUCAUACCGAGCUGGAGCGUAAGCUGCCCCAUGUGUGGUUGCAGCGCGUGGAUAAGAUGGAGCUGAUUGAAUAUCCAAAUGAUACCAAAUGCAAAAUUGGCUUUCUCGACUUCAUAUUGCGCAAAUGGUUUUCAAAUCCCUUCACCGAGGAUUCUGCUAUGGAUGUGAUUGGCUUUGAUAACAAUGACGAUUUCAUCAAUGCUGAGCUGGACCGUCAGCGACGCAAGCUGCGCGACAUCAGUCGUAUGCUGGAGCAGCAGCAUCAGCUGGUGCGUCUCAUUGUGCAGAAGAUGGAGAUCAAAACGGAGGCUGAUGAUGUCGACGAGGGCAUCUCACCCAAUGAGCUGCGCUCUGUGGUGGGCCUCAGCUCGGCGGGCUGCAAUCGCUGGAACUCUCCGCGUAUACGUAAUAAACUUCGAGCUGCGCUAAGCUUCAACAAGAGCAUGUAGAGCAACCGAGCACCCGAGCACCUGAGCACCUGGUCGUAACUAUAACCAAGUAGCGCUUCUUUGUUAAAUGACAUAUAUUAUAAUCUAUAUACUUAUCGAUGUCUGUAUAAUUGAAUCGGGAUUUGGGAAUCUGUAUGCAACCGAAAAGGAUUGAACUACGAAUUUAAAAGGCAACAAAGCUGAG